AACAUCAUAAUAUAUUUUCAAGCCUAUUCUCACACCACAUACUAAUCCAAUCAUAAUUAAUUAGUGUUUCUGUAAAGGAGAAGAUAUAAAAAAGUAGAACUAUAAAUUAGUUUAAAAUUAUUUUUCUAUUCUAAUAUAUAUAUAUUAAUGUGGUUUUAUAAAUCUAUAAAAUGUUAUUUUAAAUAUAUAUUUAAAAUUUAAGAUGGGUAGUAUAGAAUAAGGUGAUUAAUAUUUUCUGUUUUUCCUGUUUACUGAAAAUACAAUCUAUUAAUUAAUAAGGAAUGGUGAAAAAGUCAGAAUCAAUGCCCUUCCAAAAACUAAUAAUAAAAAACAGGAUAGAGAAAUAAAAUUACAAACUGAGAGAAAUUUGCGUGGCCACAUCUACGGACGCAUUUUCCUCUCCAAAACUUAAGUAAUCCGAGCUUCUUUUUAGAAAAAGACUAUAAGAGUGCAUAAGUAGUAAAUACAUUCUUAUUACCUUUGAUUACGAAGACAAAAGAAAAUGGAUACUUCACAUUGCCAUUAUCAAGGCUACAUCCUUCUUCUAGUUCUACUUUAUUCAUCUAUGUUUGAUGUAGCUUCAAAUAUAGACAUUUCCAGUGAUGCAAGAGGCAGCAAAACCGAUAGUAACCCGAAACAAUAUGUGAACUGUGGAAAUUAUGAAGUUAAAAGGAGACAGAUGACUGUUUCUUGUUCCAAAUCAGCUGAAUAUAUUAUUACAAAGAUCAAUUUCGCUGAUUAUGGCAAUCCUACCGGUUGUAGUGAGGAUCAUAAAGUUAGUAGACAUGGCAAUUGCGGCGCACCAGAUACCUUGAGAAUCGUCAAAAAGAAUUGUCUUGGAAAACAAAAGUGCGAGCUUUACGUUUCAGAUGAGAUGUUUGGUCCGAGUCACUGCAAGAAGGAUAUUAAGCUCAUUGUUGUAUUCACAUGCACAAAAGCUUAGGUUUUUUUUUUAUUUUCUCCUUAAUAAAGGCCAUAAAAUAAUCAUGGUUUGUGUCCUUGUAUUGUAUUGAUCAAGUUCUAGUUGAUAAUUAAAGGAACAUUUCAGAUAUUGUUUUUCUAUUUGUUAUUUUGCAACCGAUGAAUUCUAAAGUUCACUCAGAGAUAGGGUUUACGGAUAAAGAGACUUGAUUUACAAGUAAGCUUGAAAUAGAAAGACUAAGAUAUGAUCAACAAUAGGAAAUGAGUGUUUUAGUGAUGAAUACAAAGCGGUGCUGGAUAACAAUGGAGACUGUAUGUAAUCAGAGUAUAGUUUAGCUAUCCAGAAUUUGGAUCCCAUGUAUUUGGCUCCUCCUUUUUCUUUUAUAGGUCUCCAACGUGGACCGAGCACUUUAAUGAUGGCUUUAAUUCUUUUGAUUUCUUUACGUUUUCAGUUGACUCCUCCGAGCUUGGCGUGUUUAACUCCUUGAACCCGGGGUGGGCUUUGAUCUUCGUGGGCCUAUGUUUCCCUCUUGUGCCUUGAUAGUGAUUGGUUUUGGGCUUUACUACUUUUGGGUCAGGAUCUCGGACCGGAUCUGAAGAUCAGUGAAACCGAGCUCCAACAAUAGCCCCUCCCUCCGGAUUCCAACGUGUCUCAGGUCGUCAGAUUUUUUUUUGAGAGAUCGUCGUGAUUUUUUAUUGUUUUAACUUUGUGGUUUCAGAUUAGUGGUUCCUCUUGCUGCCUGAGUGUUUCUGGGUGGCGGAGUCUGCUUGGAAAAGAGAGGCUAGAGAAGCGAGGAAAAAAUCUCCACAAGAUGAGGUGCCUCGAAAAGCGGCCUCUGAAGUGGUCGCUGGUGCGACCGAGGCUCAUGGUUCUUCUGCGGGGGUCAUUGCCUCCGGUGUUCCCGAGGUCAGAAAGAGCCUUUCUGAUGUUCGAGUUGCUACCAAGGCUGUGGCUUUGGUUCUGCCUUCUGGUUCUGUGACCUCUGGUUGAUGUUUCGGUGUCGCCUUUUGGGACUGUCGACAUUUAGCAUCGAAGCCACAACCGCAGUACUAGAGUCCUCUGGACCUACUGUGGUGCUGUGGUUGACGCUUCGAUGGCACCUCCAUCUUCUUCGGUGCUUCCUUUUCAUCCUACUAGAGGUUCUCUUCUGGAGUCUAUCCCAAAGGAGGCCGCCCUGGAGGCUUCUCGUUGUUCUUCUGAUAAUCAGGAUCGGAGGUGGAGCUUCUCGUAGGUCAACGAGAAAUUCUCCAAGGCCUUCGAGUGCUUCUUCUUAUUUUGACAAAAUCCAACAGUGGGGUCUUGAGAUAGACCUCAUGAAGCGUUCAACUCCGGGUCUGGGCAGCAUGAUCUGAUUGGGUCAAAGCGAUCUCAGACGGAUGAAAGGGCUUAACCUUCGAGCUGGGAUCUUAGCUUUUUGGAGGAUAUUUUUACAAAAAUUGACUCCUACAAGAGGCUUUUCUGUUCUUAUGAAUUGCAUUUGGGUUGGGUGAACCGCAACUGGGAGCAUUAUGAGUGCAAUAUCCAAGAUGCUCGUAGUGGUUGCUGACACGGAGAAAGGGACUCUCCGUUGUAAGGACGCGCCAAGGCGGAGCGCGCUAAGAACCUAGAGAUAUACUUGAUCCACAGGGCUGUUCAAUCCGGAUUUCUGUCCGGUUUUGGUUUGUUUUUUCCCAGUAUUUUGGUUUUAAAAAGUUUAGCGACCUUAUUAAACUAUAUCUACUUUGGUUUGAUUUGGUUUACAUAUUAUCGGUUUUUGAUUUAUUCGGUUUUAUA